GUCAUGCUAGUCAUGUUUCUGGUGCUGCUCCCCAGUGGACAGAAAUGAUACGUAUAAAUGGAUGGUGUGAUGCGUUGCGGAUGUAUUGGUAGUUUGGUGGUGUAAUGUGCAUGUUUUUGUACCUAAUCAGAGUGUUCUGUAGGAAAUUAUUACCAGCCCUCGAAAAAUAUUUGAUUUUUAUAAGCUGACAUGGAAAUCGCGAGUCCUGGUGAUCUAGGGAGACUGAAUUGGUUGAAGUCAAAAUAUCUAUAUAAAUAAAAAUGUAUAGUGAAUAUACCUUUGGGGCUUCACGGUGUAAAUAUGCAGAAAAGGUGCACUGUUUCAAGGAUGUAACACCAUGUAAUCUCUUACCGCCGUUUUGGAAGCAGCACGUUUCUUCAGAACAGGUGAACCAGCUGUCUGAAACGUAGAUUUAGGCAACUAUUCCCAGUUGGAUACUGGUACACUUGCUGAUAAAAGAAUCUGUGCUACUAGGAUUAUUAUAAGCGAAUUCCUUUGGAACCCGCAGAACAUGUGUAAUAAACAAGUUUCAGGAUUACAAAAGAUUUUGCAUUCUCCUGUAACAGGAGUGCCAAGAAUUAUGCUGCGGAGAGCUGAAGAAAUAUUUCCAUCUGUUAGAGAAAGCAUGAAUUAUACAACUUUAGAGAAAGUUAUGCAUAGUCCAUGUGGAGAGACAUGCCCAACAAUGCAUGAUGCGAAUCACACCAUGAACAUAAAAGCUGAGGAAGUGUCAGAUGCAGAAGGGGAAGGGACUUCUGUGACAACGACAUUUGUGAAAAUAAAGGCUGAAACUGCAGAGGAAGUCCCAGACACAGAAAUUGAAGAGUCUCCUAUGCUGAUACCAUUUCAGAAAAUAAAGGCUGAACUUGCUGAAGUCCCAGAUGCAGAAGUGGAAGAGCCUCCUAUGCCAAUACCAUUUCAGAAAAUAAAGGCUGAACUUGCUGAAGUCCCAGAUGCAGAAGUGGAAGAGCCUCCUAUGCCAAUACCAUUUCAGAAAAUAAAGGCUGAACCUGCUGAGGAACUCUCAGAUGCAGAAGGGGAAAAGGUUCCCAUGUCAACCGCAUUUGUGAAAAUAAAGCCUGAACCUGAGGGAAAUGGAGUGCUGCAAGGGUCAGCUUUAAGGGAGACCUUGUUUGCAGUCAUCAUGAAUAGGAUGAGUAUUGUGAAUGAAGUUCAGCCUGCACAUGGUGAGCAGCGGCCAUAUUGGUGUUGUGUGUGUAAUAAGUCUUUCAGUGGUCAGAGUAAUCUGAAGAAACAUCAGCGCAUACACAGUGGGGAGCGGCCAUUCUGCUGUGACCUGUGUAGUAAGUCAUUCACUCAGCAGGGUCAUCUGAAGACACACCAACGCAUACAUAGUGGGGACCGGCCAUUUUGCUGUGAUGUCUGUGAUAAGUCAUUCAUCUUCAGGACAUCUACAAGGUCCCACAGUUGGAUCAUUGUUCACACCAGACUACAAAUAAAUGGCUCCAAAUGUGUUCACAAGGUGAUCAUCAGACAGCUGUUGCCAGGUAUUCACCACAGCACCCUCCUGAAAGAAUACUGA